CUUGUGUGUGUUGAGUGAAGAUGAAUCGUAAUAUGGAAAUUCUACCGAUCGCGCCGUAGAUCUGUGGUAAGGGUCAUGCACACAUGGAAUUCAGCACUUGAAGCUGCAAGUGAUGAGCACGCAUGUUUGGACAGGGCCGACGAUACUGGGUCCCGCUUAUCGUCUUCCACCCUCCAGGCGAAGAACGGAUUUUCCCAUGGACUGCCCGCGCAGACCCACUGAUUUCUGCGCUCUCGCCGGAGGCAACGGGGCGGCUUCAUGCAUACGCACGGACCGAGGGACUCGCAUGCGUUACUGUGUUUGUGCUCCGACUGCAACCAGCCCAAUGCCACAUGUGAAACGGAUGGUGCCUGUAUGGUCUCAAUAACAAAUGUGGAAGGAGUGAAACAUCAUGCCCGAACCUGUAUCCCUGAAGAGAAGCUAGUUCCUGCUGGAAAGCCCUUCUUCUGCCUGAGCUCAGAAAAUGUACUCAACACACACUGCUGCUACUCUGACUACUGUAACAAAAUAGAUCUUAUGGUACCCAGUGGGCAUCAGAAAGAUGAUGAAACUCCUUCCAGCUGGGGACCUGUGGAGCUGGUUGCUGUGAUUGCAGGACCAGUCUUCCUUGUGUUUGUUAUUAUGAUCAUAGUAGUUUUUGUUUUUCACCACCAUCAGAGAGUAUACCACAAUCGUCAAAGGUUGGACAUGGAGGACCCAUCUUGUGAGAUGUGCCUAUCCAAGGACAAAACCCUGCAAGAUCUAGUGUAUGAUCUGUCUACCUCUGGCUCAGGCUCAGGUUUGCCUCUCUUUGUCCAGCGUACAGUGGCUCGAACAAUUGUCCUUCAGGAAAUCAUUGGCAAAGGUCGUUUUGGGGAAGUGUGGCGUGGUCGAUGGCGUGGUGGUGAUGUAGCUGUGAAAAUCUUCUCAUCACGGGAAGAGCGAUCCUGGUUCAGGGAAGCUGAGAUCUAUCAGACGGUCAUGUUGCGGCAUGAGAAUAUCCUGGGAUUUAUUGCUGCAGACAACAAAGAUAAUGGUACUUGGACCCAAUUGUGGCUGGUCUCUGAUUACCAUGAGCAUGGCUCUCUUUUUGAUUACCUUAACCGAUACACUGUAGCAAUUGAAGGAAUGAUUAAAUUGGCUCUUUCUGCUGCCAGUGGACUGGCACAUCUACAUAUGGAAAUUGUGGGGACCCAAGGAAAACCUGGUAUUGCACACCGGGACUUGAAAUCUAAGAACAUACUGGUGAAGAAGAAUGGAACAUGUGCCAUAGCAGAUUUGGGUCUGGCUGUUCGCCAUGACUCUGUUACUGAUACAAUUGACAUUGCACCCAAUCAAAGGGUUGGAACCAAACGUUACAUGGCCCCUGAAGUUCUUGAUGAAACAAUAAACAUGAAGCAUUUUGAUUCUUUUAAAUGUGCUGAUAUCUACGCCCUGGGCCUAGUCUAUUGGGAAAUCGCUCGCAGAUGCAACUCGGGAGGUAUCCAUGAAGAAUAUCAGCUCCCAUACUAUGAUCUUGUGCCCUCUGACCCAUCCAUUGAAGAAAUGCGUAAGGUUGUAUGUGAUCAGAAGCUGCGGCCUAACAUUCCCAACUGGUGGCAGAGUUAUGAGGCUUUGCGAGUAAUGGGGAAAAUGAUGCGAGAGUGCUGGUAUGCUAACGGGGCUGCACGCCUGACAGCCUUGCGUAUCAAGAAAACUCUUUCUCAACUCAGUGUCCAGGAAGAUGUGAAAAUAUAGCCUGCAAGUCCCACUUUGAGGAAAUUGCACAAAAGCUGCCAUGCUAGAAUUGAUAUGUGGUGGAGAAGGCCUACCUCAUAUUUCUACACAGCCUGCUGCUAUCAACUGGACAACUUGGCCUGCAGGUGGUUAGGUGAGGGGGGUGGACUUCAUGGACAUAGCUCUCUCCUUGGUUUUGGAGUGAAAUGCAUCUUUUUUAAAUCUCCUCUAGGAGCAUAAAGAGGGGCGUGUAUAGAGAGAUGCUAGCCACAGCUGAAACCUUUGUUUCUUUGAUGAAGAUCCCUGUAAAAUUUACUGAUGGGCUGGCUGGGAAAAGGCUUUGUGGCUUGGGAGAGGAAAAGACUUUCAAUGAACAGAAAAACGGCAUGGGGGCCCCCCCAAGGACUGUCAUAUAUACCCAGCAGCCUUGAGUGCCCCCUUGUCUGUCCACGUGAAGCUCUUGGCCCUUUUCUAGCUUGACAGAUCCUAAGCUAGCGCAGCCAUUAGUGUUCAACAGCGUGUGCAUGUGCAAAGGUACGUAUCCCUCUGCCCCUUGGGUAUGUAUUGUGUCUGCUUGUGCUCCUGUGCAUGUGAAAAUGUAGAGUGCCCUCUUGUGACGUGCAGGUCCUGGUGCCCCCUUUGUUCCACUAGUUGAUCAUUAGCUAGCUAUCGGCUCACUAGGAAGGGGUAGAGAUCUGCCCUGCCAGUUGUUAGACCUAACAGGGCACCACACAAAUUCUCUCACUGCCAUCCUUCCCCUCUUUUUAAAGCAGGGAAUGGGUUGUUUAUUGCUUUCAAGUUCCCUAUGUAGUACAGGCUAGCAGCAGUUGGCUACCAAGCAGAGCGAUCUGCAGAAAGAAUAAAUCCGUGUUAGCUGAAAUUGAUGCUGGCCCUGGUCAGAGGAAGAAAGGCAAGAGAACGGCUGGAGAAAUAGGCUGACCAUAUAGGAGCAGGGUCUUCCUGUUUUUCAAGGUGCCUUUGGCAGAACAGUCCUGGCAUUUAAGUUUCUCUCAAGAGUGAAGCAUAUUUGGGAAAUAUACUUUCAGAGACUUCUGGUGGGAUUCGUCCCUUAAGGAAUGACAACUGUAAAAAUGGAUCUGUUUUUGACAGAAAGUGUGUAUGUGUGUGUGUUUGCGCACGCAUGUGUCCGUGUGCGCAUGCACGCACGUUUAUAAAUAUAGAUAGAUAUGGUUGCCCAUAUUCUGGAAGUGGCAGUGUGUCACUUGGGGAGGGGUGGGGGAAAGUUGGGAAGGAAUUAACUGCAUGCAUUUUGUUUCAUUUAAAUGAUCAGGGUGUAGCAAGGCUGAUUUGGCUGUUUCAUGUGCUUUGGGAACAGCUUGAGACUGUAUUAAGAUGCAAAUCAUGCAUUGAAAAUUCCAUUGUGUGUGGGUUGGGUGUUUGUGAUAACUCCUGAAGCCAUAACUUUUAACUGGAGUAGUUUGAUUAUUAUUUUUAAUUCUUACUUUAAUGGGAGGGUCUGGAUUUUAACUUUUUUUACUAUUCUUUAUAAGAGAAGUAAAACUGAUAAUUACCUCUCAUUCUGUUUAUAAAGAAAUCACUGCAAAAAAACCUGAAAAAAUGUACUCAGCUCAAUUUUACACUGGAACUGUUUCUACUCAAACCGUGAGCCCUGACUUCCAAGAGGAGGCAUUGUCUUCACUCUGAGAAAGGGCAUUUUUUUAAAAAUAUAAAGCAUUACGUGUUUGCUGUCUGUGGGUGUGAGUGUUUGUCAAAUUGUCUGUCUCUCUUCCUCCCCUACCUCAGUCCUUUCUCUUGUUCUAAACUGUGUCAGUGUGUAACAUUGAAAAGUUGUCGCAUUGUGCAUUGGAGUCAGUCUUGUGUACUCUUUUUCAUUUGGAAUAAGCUGUUACUUUCUCUAAGGCUAUGUUUUGAAAAUCUCAGGCGUUCUUAUUCAUGGAAGAAGAUUUGGAGUUUGUGCUUCUGAUUGUAAAACUUGCUUUCCUUUGUGAUUUUUGUUCUGAUCAUUUCUGAGCCAGAGGCUACCACACAUCUCCAGCAAAGGGGGCGGGGGCAGUUUACCAAAAUCAUCCCUACAUCUCAGGUCUAAGAUGAAAGGCACCUUGAAUUUAUCUAGAAGAUGUAUUCCUGUACAAGAGAAAUGACAACUAUUUAGUUGUCAGUAUUGCUAGCUGAAGAUAGUAAUUAACGAAAGUUCAAAAUUGGGGGUCAGAUAAUGGGAGAUGUACAUAAUUCUAUUGUUGAAUCUCUCUUGGUUUAAAACAAACUUUGGGGAGCUAUUUUCCAUAAACCUUGGUGUGCAUAAUUUGGAGGGGUGAGAGAGUUGUAGUGGCUAUGAAAUUAACUUUAUGCUGAAAGGCUGGUCCUUCUCUUAGAGACAUUCCCCCAAGAGGUAAAUAAUUUUCUCCAGAAUACAGGUCCUGUUUCUGCUGAACGCAGUACCUUUAUGAUGUUGUAAUUUUAGGUACAUAUCCUAGAAGUAGAAUCUCUUCAGUUCAGUGAUACAAGCUUCCCUGUAAAUUCAGUGUUAGAAUCUAAUUCAUCACAUUUAAUGUCUUACAAUAAUUUGCUGCAUGUACACACCAACAUACGCAUAUCUAUAUAGAUAUGUAGACCCCAUUCUCUCUUCCUUAUGUUGAGCCAACUUAAUAUAACUGUUGUAUCUUGAAGUCUAAAGGGGAUAGACUGUAUCAUAAUGUUGGCUGAUAGACAUAUAAUUUAUAUAUCUGUCCAUACAUGUGAUUGACCUUGGGGACAGGAAUGAUUUCUCUGUGUGUAUUAUAUUUUCAUAAUGAUUCCAUCCCUUUAGCAGCAGAAAUAUAAGAGCAAAUUUGCUCAAUUCUAAUCUGCAACCAUAUCAGAAGUAAGGCAAUUAAAUAAAGGGCAUAAAAUGCACUGUGGUAUUUCAUUUAAAGCAUUUCUUUAUUUUAACAAAAACCUGUCUAGUGACAUGUGGCAGUCUUGCAAUAGGUGCGAAUUACAGUGUGCUGAAAAGAGGCAGAUUUCUUUGCUUGCACCUCAGUGGGUCGAAUAGAAAGCCUUAUGUCAGAUUCAUGUGGCUGUUCUUCCUCAACACUCCUCUAUGGUUAAAAAGAAGAAUUUGUCAGUUCCCUUCAUAGGUUGGACAGUGAUAAUUAAAAAAACAAAACAAACAACUAGACACAAUUACACUACUUGCUUUGUGUGUGUUCUCUUAAUAUAUGAAAAAUAAGUGCAGGAAAGCAAGAAAAAUUCAUAAUUGUGCAAUGACCUGACAAGAUCUUUUUAAAAGCUUAAAGGUGCAUAAGAGAAUAAUGGGGAACAGUAACUUCCUCCAGUUAGCCGUAACAUCCAGUGGUCUAACUAGCCCAGAUCCAUGGCAGUGACCGGAUGGAAUGCCAGUUCUUUAACUCAGCUGAGAAGCAACCAGCCAUUCAUCUUGCUUUCACAUGAGAUGUAGAAGAGUCCGGUAGUGUUCAGCUGCCAAAUGGGAGAGUUUGUUUGCAUUCCCCUUAAUCUUUUUUAAUUUUCGAAAGUAGAAGGUGUGGAUUCUUGGUUGGUGCUAUUAGAUUCUUGUCUGGUAGGUGGCAGACUGGUUUCAGAAUAGAUCAUUUUUGGUACUGUUGUCUGUCAUCCCCACUCCCCGUUUUCCUCCUACCUGUCCUCCUACCCCUGACACCUACUUGACCUUUAUAUUUGUUUCAGGUUUUGUAUGUUUUAUUAGAAAAAGACUGUAAAAUAGCCACUUAGACACUUUACCUCCUCAGUAUGCAAAUGUAAAUAUGUGUAAUAUAGGAAAGAAAUCUUUUGUUUUAAUAUAAGAAUGAGGCUGUCCAAUUUUCUGUUGUACAUUAUUAAAAGUUUGUUUUUAUUCAUGUAA